AUGGCCGCACACCUUCAGCGUCGAUUGCUUCAGGAUUUUGCCGAGUUGCAGCGAAACCCGUACCCUCGCGUCGCAUUACAUACCAGAGACAAAGAUAUUCGCCGGGCAUGCCUUGUCCUACAGCCAGAGGGCUGGAUGCCCAUGCACACCACCGUCAACUUCGGAGACCGUUAUCCUCUCGUCGCUCCCACCAUCAAGAUGAACACGCGAAUGGUACAUCCCAACGUAUAUGAUACCUACAUCUGCGCAUCAAUUCUCAACACGUUCGAGGGAUACACGCCGGCGUAUACCCUCAAGGGCAUUGCCAUUCAAAUGCUGAGCUUCUUCAGCAGCGAUUCAUUGGAGCAGGAGGGCGGCAAUUAUACCGAGCCGCUCGAGUGGUAUCGGCAAGAGAGCCUCAAAUGUCGGCAGGACUUCAAGUGUCCUCACUGCAAUUUUGAUGGAACCAAGAGCAAGGCAGACUUUAGAAGAGCUCGAAGACACGUCCUGAAAGCCUUGUCGCCGACGCCAUCAUCAUCCUCAUCAAGUGCUGCAACUACAGCGGCUGCCUCCAAGAACCACCAGGGAUGUGUCUUGGCCGCUUUGCCUGACGAGCUUCUGCUAGAAACUCUCCACAGUCUCGACUUCGCGGACCUUCUCUCCUUCUCACGGGCUUGGCCGCGGAUUGCAGACAUGCUUCGCGCGUAUGAUGUUAUCCGAUUGAGGGAACUCCAAUGCUUUGUCACCAAAACCAACUUCCGAGAUACAAAGCUUGGUGUAGGCGUCAUGGUCCCCAAACGCAAGCGGGCUAUUGAAUCAGAGUUUGACCUCAUCUCUCUACCGGCAUUUCAGGACCUGGGAGUCCGUUUCUCCGUCCACAAUGUUGCCUUCGAACACUGGCUUCCGCUGCCACUCAGCCGCCGCCACUGGUCCUCCGUCAAGGACUAUGUUGCACCCGUGAUGCGUAGUCUAGCCGUGGCUAUCUCAUUACCGAGCGCAAACAACUCUGCAGUGGGAGUGCUCGCCGCCUUCAUGAACGACAUUGUUGUAAGGCUCAACCAAGUAGAUACACACACAGCAUCUAGCGGCGCAGCAUACAGGGGCAACGAUAAUGUCAGGAUUCCACGGAUGAGUACAUUGCGGCACGCAUCGGAGAAGGCGAUCGAGUCUUACUUUCAUCUAUUUCACCUUCUACUCUGCCUGGCGACGGCGGAUCCCAAACUGGUCAUUGACGCCAAUAACAAAAUCAAGAGAUUUAUGAGUGGUAAGACCUCCAAGAUAUCGUGUCCGAAUCUCGGCCACCUCCUGGUCUACCUCCUCAUCAGCGACAUUGAUAUGACGGAGGCCAUGAGAAAAGCGAUCAUCACCGAGGCCAUCACACGCAAUGUUGUCUGGAUGCUCGACAGGAGGGGUUCCAAUAUGCCGGAGUUGAGCUAUCUCGAGCCUGAUCACGUCUCGGGGUAUCGUCUGAAAAGAACUUUUGAGGCGAAUCGCACCUCAUACCGACUCCUCAUGUUUUCGGAGCUCUUCCGCCGCAUCGCCAGACCGUCCAACGACAAGACCUUGGAGCAAAUCAGGGACGAGCUCUUCGACCGUCAUGGCGCACCCCCUCCCGGUGCCGCUCUCCAGCUAUCCACCGAAGUCCGCCGCCUUCAUGAUAUUGACAAUUUCCCCCACUUCUUCAACGAAAUGGGGAUCAUGCGCCAUCCGUCUGCCGAGAAAUUCACCAGCGUACUACGGGACUGUGUCAAGGAUAGCAUGAAGAGAGGCUACUCGGUCUGGGGCUUGCCGGUUCCUGCUGCUCUGGCUCUGCGGUCCCGGAUAGAGCCUAACGUUGGAGUCAGAGCGAACCUCGUGGUGAGGAAUCCUCCUGGUCCUCGUUACAUGUCGAGGAUCACUUUCUUCCCUGACAAGGGCAGACGGAGCUAA